UGUCCUCCUUCCCUCUGAUUCACGGUUUGCUGGCUUGUUCAGCGACGAGUAUCCUUUCUCCAACAUGGAAUUAUACUCAGGACCCUCUCGAUUUACAUCGAACCCUACCAGGCGAGAUACAGUAUCCACUGUGGACAGUGAUAAAUAUACACCGAUACCUCCUGGCGAUUGGUCUUUCACGCUCCACGGCAACUGUGCCAGAUGCAAUCACCAUCACAAAUCGGCUGUUGUUCAUAUCAAAAUUCAUGAUAACUCGUCUGAAGCCAGCCAUCUAAUUUGUGAACACUGUCGACAGAAGUGGUUAACGAUCGGAGGCGUGAACACCACCCAACUCUCCUUGUUGUCCUCCAGAACCACCGAGCUUGAAGCUGAGGACGUAAACUUUCGUCGCGCACUGAUCAAUAUCAUGCGGUCUACAACAUCUGUAGCAGCCCCCACAGCUCUCUCUAGUGUGCCAGAGGCAACUUCGCGCCACUCUUCCAGGGACAAUUCGACAAAUCGUGUUGAUUCGCAGCUAAACCCGAAGAAGGAAAGUGGUGGCACGCAUACUAUUCACGGUCAUAGCAAAAGGAUAUCAGGAAAGUUCCUAGGAGGUGUGAAGCGUAAAUUAAAAGAAACCUUUCCCAUCUUGAGAAACGUUCAUAUCCGAGAUUUUGUUUCGCCAAUGAAGCUCAAGUCACCAGCCAGAGAUGACGAACCUGAGCAACUCCGUGGCUCUUCCCAGAUUUCGCCAGCGAGAGACGAAAGAAAACAUGGUCAUUCAAACCCCCUGGAGAAGACGUACCCGUUGGAACAUAUCGACCAGAAGCAGACUACCGCUUUAAGCCAUCAAUCGUCGGAGAAAUUAGAGAGAGUCGACAGAGAAGCAUUGAAAAAUAUGACGCCACGUGAGCGGCAUGCGUGGGUUCGUGACCAGAUCAGUGAUUUCAAAUAUCAACGUGCCCGACACAGUAAUUCAUCGCCGUCUUUCUCCAUGGUCGACAGCAGCACCCAGGUGUAUCUUGUCCCACCUAGCCCGAGCGGCAUGCCUCGUCGACACUCACUCGAGGGAUUGGGCAGUCAUUUUGAGCAUUUUGCUGCUGGCUCGCUGUUUCCGCAAGCUGGGCCCUUUACGAUUAGCGCGACGAGAACUUCCGAGGCUGAUACAGCUUUUGAAGUCGAGCGUCCAACUUCCAGUCGGCAAAGCUCAACUCUUGACAUCUUUCAAGGCCCGCGACACAGAUCAUGGUCUCCACAUCCCAGCUUCCUCUCGAAUUCACAACAAUCUUGGAGGCAUCGUGACUACGCGACGAGAGACUCUAUGGAUUCGGUGCUGACUGGGGGCAUGUCGAGCAGUCUGGUAGGUAGGCGAGGAAUAGAGCGGGUAUCUGUUGGCUCCCUUACGCAUAUGACAUUUGGUUCCAGUAGAGUCAAUACGAUGCCAGGUGGCUCCAAUCGUGUCUCACAAGACAUGACUUCUGCAUCCAUAGAUCACAGCAUGGCAGAAACAACAAGGCCAAUUACGCCCGGGCGGGCCCCUCAAACUUGACGCACCAGCGGAGAUUCUAGCGGCGGGCCCGCUUUUUAUUUGAUCUUAUGUGUUGUAAUUUGGGGUGGUCAUCUGUGCUAUGCUUGCGCGUCUGAUCCAACAUGUUGAUUCUAUCACGAAUUAUUAUUUAUCUAGCAACCACUUUUCGAUAAAUCGUGAACCACCGCCUUGCUUAACCAGGGCAGAAUGUCUGUCUUCCCGCAGGUCUCAAAUUGCGAUGCCGUCCAACCAACCGGAGUAUUGUUGACACGGGGACUUGGCCGAGAUGUUGCCUCGAUCUCCAUAGACCCCAUGUCGGAUGUCCAAGCUCUAGUAUGAAUGAUGUAUUCUGACCACCCCGUCAUUGGCCGGAAGCUUUCCCGGUGCGGAUCAGGAUGCCAUGAAUGAUACCUGAAUAGGUAGUUUU